CCAGAGUAUGCCGAGUAUAUUCUUAGAAUGAAGACUGAUGCUUUUUCGGCCCGUUUAAUGAAGGAAUGAAACAUUCUCUGCUUGAAAGGGGAACAGCCAUCCAGAAAGAAUUUAGUUCCGUAGUGCAGAUGGAAGAGCCAAAAAAAUAAAUAACUUCACAGACGAUUUCUCAGGGAUUACAGAUCUUGGUGUGUGGUUUCUUAAAAAAAUUAAAAAAUUAAAAAUUAAAUGGUUUUUGUUGAGAGAAAAUGGGAGAUCAGCAAAUGUACAAAACGAGCCAUGUUGUCAACAACAACGAAAGCUUGUAUUACCAGCAGCAGCAACAACAACACCUAAAUUCCCUUGCACCGUUAAACCACAGCUAUGGAACAUCAGCCAUGGAUGCAACUCAGGAAUCUCCGCUCUCCCCAUCGUUCCCCCAAGACACCAGGGAAAACAUAGCUUUGAAUGCUGGGUCCAAAACCCUUGGGUUGAUGGAUUCUCCUAGGCAAUCCAGUUGGGCGCAUUUGGGUUCUGGGAACCAUGCCCCAGUGAGGAACAACCAAAACGUCAUGUGGGGCUCAGCGGGGCAAGGCGAAGUAACUGACGGAUACGAGCAUCUGUGUUCCCAAGCCAACGAGGUCAGGUCGCAGAAGAUGACGAGUGGCGUUUUGCAUAAGCUGGACUCCUUCGCCCAAGUGUUUGCAAACCAGAACUUAAGGAUCCAAGUCAACAACGUAUCUCAGGUCAUCCAGCCUUCGGCGAUGGGCGGCACUGGCGACAGCGCCCUUCGGCAGCUGCUGUCUCAGAAGCCUGCGGUGGAGCAGCAGCCUGCCGUGCAGAGAUACCAACAGCUGCCGCAGCAAGUCCACCAGGGUUUUGUCGGCACGCCGCAGAAGCAGCACAUGCACAUGAUGGCGCACCAGCAACCCCUCUAUUACGACGAACAGCAGCAUUUAGCCCAUCUGCAGAUGCACCCUGCCAUGCAUCAAGGGCAGGCCCACUUCCAGCAAAUGCACUCUCAGCACCUGAUGCCGCAGCAGCUACAGCAGGAUCAAUACUAUCUGCAGCAGCAGCAGCAGCAGCAGCAGCAGCAGCAGCAGCAGCAAUCCCACCAAGGACAACAUAGGCUUUUAAUACAUGAGUUGCAGCAGCAGCAGCAGCAGCAGCAGCAGAGGCAAUGCCCAGUGCAAACAGCUCAGUAUUAUUCAAUACAGCCUAUGAUGCAACAGUUGCAGCAGCAGCAGCAGCAGAUGCAAAUGCAACUUCCUGCCUUUCACAGAGAUCCUGACCAGAAGCCUCUGCACGAGACUCAUCAGUACUCUCAGGAUCGGGGUCAUUCUGUACAGCUCAUUCAGCUGGGAGCAGUGCCUCAGUACUUCUAUCAAGAUCAGCAGCAACCCUUCAGACAUUUGUAUCCACAAAGCUUAUUGCAGCAGCAGCAGCCGCCACCAGGAGAUGCCAGUCAGCCAAACCAUUACCAGAGCAACAACAAGGCUCAGGCACUGAUGGAUUCGCACCCUGGAUUCCCCUUGGCAGAAGGGACGGAGGGCCCAGUUCAGCAGGACAUGAAUUCUGUCGCUGGUGGCGUCCCUCAACAACCUCUGAUGCCCCCAGAAGGUAUCCACGUGGAUAGCAAAGGGCCACAGCCAUUGUCCCCUGGUCCAAUGUGGCCUCAGCAGCAGGUCCAUCUACCUGAAGGAAGACUCCAGUCAGUUUCCCCCGAGCAAAGCAGCAUUCACGAUAAAGAAACUCAUAGUGAGAGAUCUGAAACAAAGAGCAAACUCACAUGCACUGUAUGCUUGAAGGAAUUUAAGAGUUUGCCAGCCCUAAAUGGCCACAUGAGGUCUCAUGGAGGGAUACGGGCAUCUCCUGCCCUCAGACAGUGUUCUAGUUGGGAGCAGUCCACGGUUGAGGCUGAAUGCCUUUGGUUGUCUGCACAGGACGAAGGGGAGAGCCUGCCGCAGCCCCAGCGCCAACACCAGCAGGAGCAGCUGCCCUCCGAGGCGGAGAGCUUCGUCCCCAUCGUCAUGCCUGUGUCGGUGCCCGUUAAGCUGCCGUCACCCGAUCCCGGCAAGCAGGCCGCUGACAGCAGCGCCGUGCUUAAAGAUAAGCCUGUCUCAGAUGAUGAGAUGCCCGUUCUUGUGAGGAUGACUUGCUCUCCGCCAUGCUCCCCUAACGUGGCCAGCCCCUGCCUGUCCUCUGACCUCAACAGAAAACAGCACCAAAGCACGGCCAACUCUGAAGAAAGCUUCAAACCGUUUCAAGACAAGAAAAAAUACCGCCACAGACCUGAGCCUCUGUUCAUACCACCACCUUCUUACAACCUCGCUGCAUCCCACCUGGGCGCGACGCUGUACCAAAGCCAGCUUCGCUCUCCCCGCAUCCUGGGAGACCGCCUGCUUGAUAGCAUUCACGACCCCCCUCCUUACACCCCACCUCCCAUGCUCAGCCCGGUACGUCAUGGAUCUGGCCUCUUCAGCAGCGUUAUCACAUCCGCUCAUGGUGCGUCUCACCCCCAGCUGCCGCUCACACCUUUGACACCCACACCCCGGAUGCUUCUCUGUCGAUCUAAUAGUGUUGAUGGAGUCAGUGUCCCGAUCACCCCAGGUCCUGGAGAACAGACCAUUGACGUAGAACCGCAUAUCAAUAUUGGAUCGAGAUUCCAAGCCGAUAUUCCUGAACUUGAAGACAGAGCGUUGGUGGGGGAAGAGGACCACAUGGCAACUUUAGUUUGGAAACCAGGGCCAGAACUGGAAGAUGAAGAUAUUCAGCAAAGAGUGACCAGCCUUUUAAAUCUGUGUUGUUCAAGUGUAUUAACUGGUGGGGGAACCAACCUUGAAUAUGGCUUGCAUUCUCUCUUUGAGGCUAAAGGAGACGUUAUGGUCGCUCUGGAGAUGCUGCUUUUGUUGAAGCCAGCAAGAGCAAAAUCGCAUCCUCUGGCAAGUUAUCACUAUGCUGGUUCAGACCAGUGGACACCCAUUGAAAGAAAGCUGUUCAGCAAAGCAUUAUACACAUACGGCAAAGAUUUUAUUUUGGUACAGAAAAUGGUGAAGUCGAAGACGGUGGCCCAGUGUGUGGAAUACUAUUACACCUGGAAGAAAAUCAUGCAUUUAGGAAGAAAGCACAGAACACGCUUAGCAGAAGUGAAAAAUGAAUGCCUGACCAGCGGCGAAGAUGAUGAAUUAGAGGAAGAGGAGCAGGCAGAGGAGGACAAGAAGUCAGUCAAAGAGGAAGCCGAAAUUCAGAAUUCUCCCGAGCCACCUUCAAUUAUUGCUGCUGAACCUAUUAACCUGCCUUCCUUGCAAAGCCCCACCCUUCCGGCGACCUCAUUUACAUGUGAAAUGCCGGACUGCGGAGCGAUGUUCAACUCCAGACCAGCUCUGAAUGGCCACGUUCGCAUUCAUGGCGGUACAAACCCUGUGACGAAAACCCGCGGUGGGAGCCACGGUUCGAAGCAGAAAUCCAGCUCCCAGAAUGAUUACGGCCCUGCCAAAAGCUCCCCAGCUCACAGCACGACAAGUGGCGAGACAGACCCAACUACACUUUUCCCUUGUAAAGAAUGUGGCAAGAUGUUUUUCAAAAUCAAAAGCCGGAAUGCUCACAUGAAAACACACCGGCAACAGGAAGAGCAGCAACGACAGAAAGCCCAGAAGGCGGCUGUUGCAGCUGAAAUGGCGGCUACGAUUGCAAGGACCACGGGGCCCUCUGGGCAUAGCUUGAUACCCUUGGAUCAUUUGGACUUGAUAAAGCAGGUUGAGGAAGCCGAUGACCUCAGCAGCGAUGUUGUUCAGGAAUUGGGAGAGGUCAUGGACGGUACUGAAGUGAUAGACCCUGACCUCUUACUGGAUGAAGAAGACACAGAUUUGCUUCAGGAUGAUGUGGAGCUGUAGAGAGAGAAAAAGCCAUUCUGUAAAAUUACGGACGCCUGUUGGAAUUAUUUUCCUUCAGCUGGGAGGGUUAAGUGUUUACUUCCCUUUUAUUUUAAACUAUCUGAAUAGUUUGAAUGUUUUGUUUUUGUUUUGUUUUGUUUGUAACUCGGGGGUGGAGGAGGGUGAGAUAAAUCUGGUUAUUGCUGUUGGUCCUUUUACUUUUUGCAACUAUGAUUGCAAAAAGAUUCAUUUUUCCCCUCAUUCGAAAGGUAUUUUUUGUCAAAUACCUUGCAAACUAGUUGGUUCUGAGAAGUCUUAUUUCCUUACUGUUUCCUUUCAGGCAUUUACGUGACAAGUCCCCAAAUUCAUUUGCAACACCUCAGGGUUUUUGUUUUCCCUCCCACCACGCCCCCUACACGAGUAGAUUUUGGUUUCUUUUUCUUUUCAUAACGUGUUUCAUUUUGUGCCUUCAGCUCUGGCCUCAAAACAUCUGCCACAACAAAGAAUGCUGUCUCUGCAAUAAACAGAAGCUGAGACUUGGAUUGUUGGCAUCUGAAAGUUUUGCUCUAACAUGUCGCUGGGGCUGUUAGAGGGUCUCUCUGCUGAUAGGACAAGUAGCUGUGGCAAGUUCUUUCCCAUUACAGAGAAUGUUCUGUGGUGGAUGGAGGCUUCCAAGAUGCCUUUGGAUUUCCUUCUUAACAAGAAGACUGGCUUUGUACUUGGCUCUGUAGAAAUGGAUGGGCUCGGUGGCCUAUUCCUCUUUACUUUGACCCAGAAGAAAUUCAAGCGGCCCUGAAACGAGCGAGAACAACUAGAUUAGCCCUCUGCGAAUCUGCAUUCUCUUCCUUCUUUCCCUUUUAUGAGGCAAUCUGUUUCUUUGAGGGCUCUACUCGCGUUGUGCACUUCAGAGCUCCCAGUUAAGCAGGAUUGAGGGAGAGACAGAGUCAGUGAAAUCAGAAGUCCGCAGGCUUCACCAUGGGAGAUGCUGAUGAGGCACAUCUCAAAAGUCUUUUGACUGGAGACUACUGGCUUGGAUACUUGGACUUGGAUGUGCAUUAGUGAUAGGAAUGCACUGAAAUACCUCCAUUUGCAAAAGUUUUAUCACUUUUUUGUUUUAAAAAGGUUAUCCUUGAGAGUAUGCAGGGAUUUAUUAUUAUUAUUAAUUAUUAUUAUAAUUUGCUGCCUAGAGGCAGUGGUACUUAUCAAGACUUUUCCUCACCAAAAGAAGAGGGGGGAGAUUUCCACUUUGA